AUGGGUUUUGCAGAUCGAGAAGACGAUGACUCACUCGGUAUCGGCCCCAGGGUGAUGCUUGCCGUCGCUUUCACGUUAUUCGCCAUCGUCUUCUUUGUAAUCAUUUUCCACUUCUGCUCCAGACGGCUCCGACGAAGUCGUCAGCUGAGCCUGAGCAGACGCUUCGGCGAUCAACCGCCGGUUUAUCAAAUCAGUACUCAAGUUUUGCCGAUUGAUGUGGAAUCACGUUGCCCAAACUGCGACCGUCAGGGGCUUGACUCUUCCGUCAUAGCGUCGAUUCCUAAACUCCAGUACAAGCAAACGGACCAGUUCAACGACGGCGAAACCGUAGAGUGCUCCGUUUGCUUAGCCAUCAUUGCGGAAGAUGCAGCCGUUAGGGUUUUGCCUAACUGCAAGCACGUGUUUCAUGUUGAUUGUGUUGACACUUGGUUCGGUUCCAACAACACUUGCCCGAUCUGCCGCACAGUGGCUGAACCCGCCUUGCUGUCUGGCGGUAGCACUGUUCAACCCUCGGCACCGCCAGUAUGA